UAUCCCUGAGUGCAAAAGCGAUACCCCGACCGCCCCGUUCCCUCACUCCCUCACCCUAUCGGAAGUGUUAAAAUAGAUGCCUUUGGGCUUCACUGGUGGUGCAGUGGUUGAGAGUCCGCCUGCCGAUGCAGGGGACACGGGUUCGUGCCCCGGUCCGGGAAGAUCCCACAUGCCGCGGAGCGGCUGGGCCCGAGAGCCAUGGCCGCUGAGCCUGCGCAUCCGGAGCCUGUGCUCCGCAACGGGAGAGGCCACAACAGUGAGAGGCUCGCGUACCGAAAAAAAAAAGAUGCCUUUGAGCCCUGAGCGACUUCAUCACACCUAUAUGAGGUCACAAGCAGUCACUAGUGCCGAGGGACAGGUCGAAGGUGAGGCGAGUUCUGAGUGAAGGAAGCAGGGCCGGGCUGAAGCCAAGAAGAGGUUGGGCUGUGUCCUGCAUCCUGACACAGAGGAUUUUCUAACAGCCUUCAUCUCAUCCGAAAUGACUGCAACCCAUUGUUACUGCUGUUCGGAAUUUCUCCAGAGAGAGUUCCUCAUCUCAUUCCUUACAAACCCACACUGUGGCAGCCUCGUUAAUGCAGAUGGCCAUGCUGAAGUGUGGACAGAUUGGAAUGAUAUGUCCAAGUUUUUCCAGUAUGGAUGGAGAUGUACCACUAAUGAAGAUGCCUAUUCAAACCGUACCCUCAUGGGCAACUGGAACCAGGAGAGAUAUGACCUAAAGCAUAUCGUGCAGCCCAAACCCUUGCCUUCCCAGUUUGGACACUAUUUUGAAACGACAUAUGAUACAAGCUACAACAAAAAAAUACCACUUUCAACCCAUAGGUUUAAGCGAGAGCCUCACUGGUUCCCAGGACAUCAACCUGAGCUGGUUCCUCCUCCAUACAAAUGCACAGAAAAGUCAACUUACAUGAGUAGCUAUUCAGAGCCUCACAUUGAGCAUCACUCUGUGUGUGUGUGGAAUCCUAAUAACUGCCAAUUUCAGAGUCCAUGAUGCUAAGAAAGGAUAAGGUUCAUUUUUCCAGUGUAGAGUGUAGGAAGGAGCACAUUCUAAGAACAACUAAGAAUUUAGCUGACUGUAGCACAAUCUUACUCUCUGAAUA